AUGCGCGGGCCCAUGCGGCGCAUGCCACCGACGAGGAGGCGCCCCUCGCCGCCCGCCUCGGCCUACAAAAUCGCUCUCGUCGUACGGAUAGCCGUCGUCACCGUCGUCUUCCUCUUCAACGUCAUCUGGCUCGUGCGGGCCCGAGUCCAGAACGGGACGACCGGGGGAGUGGGGACCGCUCAUCGGGGCACGUGCGACGCCGUCGAGAAUCUCGGUACUAGGCUUCACGUUGUCAUCAACGUGCUUUUAGUCGUCGUGCUGGCGUCGACGACCACCUUCAUGGGCCUGGCCUGCGGCCCGACGAGGACGGAGAUUGACGCCGCUCACCGGAAGCGGCAGAGCUUAGGUAGCUUCCAUCUACGUGGCGUUACUGCUAUCGCUAAUGCCGAUACAUUUAUUUGCCAACUCGGCUGUCUUCACCACAAUAUCAGCCAAUGGGUACCGAUGGGGGUGGUAGAUGAGCAGUUCGUCCUCAACCAGCAGCGUGGCAGCCGUAUAGAGUGCAUCAAACAAUACUCCGACGUAUAUCAGGGCGAAUACCGAACAGUUCUUGCCGUCACCGAGGGUACUACUGCUUCCUCUUCCGACCGUGAUAGCGGCUACCUUUUCCACCACGGGGUGUCGCACGUCGGCGACGGCGCAGAUAGCUGGAUCUGCCUUGGAGGGCAGGCCCAGCAGUCAGCGGACGAAGGAUGCGGGCUGGGUGCUUCUAAUGCGCUUUCUGCGCUUGGCAUUGAUUCCUUUGACGGCUGGAAAAUCUCUGGAAAGACGGUCCUCUUUUGUCUAGCAGAACCACGAGAGGAGCCCUGCGCGUUGCGGUACUCUGGCGCUAUCGCCGGCCUUGUCACCGUCUUUGUCUUCGUGAUAUUGGCUAGCGCAGUUUGCAUGCUCGUGUUAUUCAAAAGUAAAGAACGCCCGCUCAUCUGCCCCGGUGAGGCGGUGGAAUCGUUCUUGCGUGCGGAAGACGAGACGACCAAGGGAAUGUCUUUGGCGAGCCGGCUGAAUGUGCGGGGCGUGUGGAAGAGUCCAUCGUCGGGCAAGAUGUUUAAAAAUCUCCAACAUCGCGCAUGGAGGAGCACGGGAAAUGCCUGUUGGAUCCUGCUCUCCUUUAGCGCGCUUCUGGUGCUGAGCCUCGGCCUCGCAUCCAUCGGAACCACAUUCUCCAGGAUCUCGGGCCAGCCCGGAAAAGAAGGCAAGUUCUUCGGCAACUUUGGCACCUUUACGAGCGACUUCCGGCUCCUCACGCGCGGGGAUUCCCACCUCGACAUCCUCGCCGUCGCGGCCAUCGCCAACAUACCUCACAUCGUACUUGCGGUGACGUGGCUGAGCGCGCAAAACCUAGCAACCUCUGCCUUUCACGCCCGGGACUGGGCCUCGUUCGCCGACAAGGCGCAGAACCUCAUGGUGUCCGAUCCCAAGGUGAACCAGAGGGGCCUGUGGAUACUGGGCAUGCCGUGGCCGUAUGGCGUCACCCUCUGCUUGCUCCAAGCGCUUCUGCACUUCCUUACUUCGCAGGCAAUUUUCGCCGUCAAAGUCGAAGCCUACGGGCCGGAUGGUGAAGUGGAUAGAGGCCACUCGGAGUCCAUCGUGGCAACCUCUCCGGUCGCCAUGAUGUGCGCGCUGAUAGCAUUGGUCGUUUUUCUGCUACUCCUCGCGUGGAUCGGUAGCCGCCCGGUCCCGCCUCCUGCGCCCCUUGUCGGCACGUGCAGCGGUGCGAUAAGCGCAUCUUGUCAUCCAACCCGCCGACCUUUUGAUAUGGAGUGCGAGGCUCUAAAAUGGGGGUCGAUAGGACGGGCCACUGUGCCUUGGCAUGCGAGGCGCGUGUUUACACGCUUCCAAUACCUGGGCACCUUUAUGCAUAGUUUCAUUUAG